AUGAGGGACGCGUCUUGUUCUUUUUACCCUAAAAUAGCUGGAGCCUGUAAAGACAUCAUAAGUAAUCGAUAUGUUUAUGGGGAUCCUGGUUUCUUGAGAGGAAGCGAGAGUCUCAAUGCAAGGUUCGAUGGUUUCUUAAAAUUAACAUCUGAAGAAUGCAAACGUUUCAUCAAGGAAGCGGCCUGUCGCUAUUUGUUUCCAUUGUGUGAUACCUCUCUAAACAUGCCUCGUGCUCAGGGGGUUUGUCGUAAGACUUGUCAGUUUGUGAUCUAUGAAAAGUGCGCAGAAGAGUUAGUUGGUCUGAGAGCUAUUGCGGAAGCGGGAACAGAACCUGAUUUUGACGUAAAUCUAAUCAACUGCACUACAUACCCCACUGCCAAUGGAGGAGAGGCACCAGAAUGCUACCAAUCCCAUGCAUUACCAGGUGAUUACUUGUAACAUUUCCUGUGGCUUCAGCUCCCAGUUGUUCAAAAAGUUGAUAACGCUAUUAAUAGUACAAUUGUUUUCUUUAAAACUUAUGGAUCAUUACACGUUUCUGGGAAACUGCCCGCCUACCCCUCCCCUAAGCUAACGUUAACACUUAUAUGGCGACAAAAUGAUGAAACUGUUUAAGCUGCGGUUGCAUUUAUUAAAAAAAAAAUGAAAUGGUUCAGAAAGAAGAAGGAAAUCAGGCGUGUCGUAUUUACAUAUAUCUGCUUUGAACUUCUGUUUGUAAACCACGCAAACUUACUUAGUGUAUUGAGGUUGUUGACACGAGAAGGAUAAAACUGUGAAAGGUUUUUUAAUUUGAACCCAGGAGUCAUUUCAAAAGUAGGUUUAGUUUGAUCGUCCGGGUGAACGUAGUCCUGAAUAGGACUGUUGUUGUUGACAAUGACUGACGGUUCGACAAUCUGUGCGGUAGUCAUCCUCGGAGUCAAAGUGAGUUGUAUCACGUCAGUUGAUGGUAUUAUACUCUGGUUAUUGAUCUGAUUGGUCAACUGACGUGAUACAACACACUUCGACUCUGAAGAUGACUACCGCAGAGAUUGUCGAACCGUCAGUCAUUGUCAACAACAACAGUCCUAUUCAGGACUACGUUCACCCGGACGAUCAAACUAAACCUACUUUUGAAAGGAUAAAAUUGUUCGUUUGCUGGAGAUAGACUUUCCGAAAGUCCAUUUUGGCUAGGCUUUCUUAACUUUUCGUCUCUGGGAGGCUGAAGUCUUCUCUUAAGACUGUUUACAAUGAUUUCCGUUUACGAUCUGUCAAGUAAACGUGCUUUAGCUCGUAUGCAAUAUUACGUAUGUAACAUUUCCUGUGGCUUUCAGCCCCCAGAUGUUCAAAAAGUUGAUAACGUUAUUAAUAGCAGAAUUGUUUUCUUUAAAACUUAUGGAUCAUUGUAUAUACUUUUCUGGGAAACGGCUCGCCUACCCCUCCUCUAAGCUAACGUUAACACUUAGGAAAAACUGUUUGAAUGCAGAGGUCCACGCAACGCGUAGAUAUAACUGACUGGUUCCUCUUGCGAGAUCUCUAAUCAAAGAGAUGCUGUAGCCAGACGCCACUUAAAGUGUGAAAUAAAACAAAACUCAAUACAGGGCUGGCACCACGGCAGCCUUCCUCAGUGCCAGAAAUAGGCCCUGAGGAAGGCUACUUUUGUUAGCCGAAAUAUUGGCCUAUAAUAAAUCAGCCCUUUGCCGUAGUGCCAGCCCUGGAUUGAGUUUUGUUUUAUUAACACUUACCUCUCACUUAGGUAAAAAUGUUGGCUUAAGGGAGGAGUAGGUGGGCAGUUUUCCAGAAACUUCAACUGGACAGGGAUUUAUCAGGUGGAUAGCGCCAUCAAGCUUUUGAACAACUAGGGCCUGGUUUAUAUUUUUUUCAGAAAAAGAAAGGGUCUUAACGUAAAGUUCUUCUCUUUUUCUUUUUUGAAGGUGACAAAACCAGAAGUACAGGUUUGUGAAUCUUUUCUUAGCAUGCUUCUAAAGCACUAGCCUAAGUGAUCUCUUGUCUGACGAGGGACUGACACUAAAAAUGUCACUUUUUGAAUUUUCUUACUGCGUCAAAAGAGGCACUUGCUAAGUACAAUAUGCUAUCCUUAGAUUGCUACCAUGGCAUUGGCGUUGGAUAUCGUGGUGAAGUGAAUAUAACUCGAUCAGGCCGUUCUUGUCAGCGGUGGAUUUCUCAAUGCCCUCAUCGUCAUCUGCGGAUUCCUGAAGAUGUUGUUGAUGGUCAGAAUGACUCCAACAUGUGUCGUAACCCAGAUGCUAGUGCCCCGGAUGGACCUUGGUGCUAUACCACUGACCCUAAGGUUCGAUGGGAGUACUGCAACAUAUCCCGCUGCCCUCCAAGAGGUACUUUUUAGGUUUUGUUUUUGCAAAAUCUUCCUUUCCUCGCUCCCUCCCAGCUCAAUAUCCAUGCUUUCCAAAGAGGCAUAUUUGAUUCCUUUACACAAAAAGAUAUACUUUCCAAUAGACUGAUCUGUAAAGUAUAAUUAUUUUCCUUCUUCGUUGGUUUACUCCUCCCUUUUUUUCCUUUCAUCCUGUUUGUUCCCCCCUUCUUCUUCCUUCCUCCCCCCCCUUUUUCCCUCCUUCCUUCCUCCUUCUUUUCUUCCCCCCCUCCUUGCCUUCCUUCUUCCUUUCCCCCUCCCUUCCUUCCUUCAUUCCUUUCUCCCCCUUUCCCUUCCUUCCUUCUUCCUUGAUCCCUCGUUCCCUUCUUCCUUCCUCCAUUCCUUUCUCCCCCCCCCUUCUCUUCCUUCUUCCUUCGUUCCCUUUUUUCUUCCUUCCUUCCUUCCUCUGUUCCCCCUCCCUGUAUUCCCCUCUUUCUUUCCUAGCUUCCUCCUUCCUUCAUCUUUCGUUCCCUCCUUCCUUCCUUCGUUUCUUCUUUCCUUCUGUUACGCAGGUAAUCUUUUAGAGGACGGGUAGCUUGCAAACCAAACUGAAGGCAGGGUUGGCGGAACAGCAACAAGAAGAUAUAUUCCAAAAAUGAACGUAGUUUCCACGAAGUAAAACUCCACAACAGCACGUAACUUGAUAAACUUACACGGCCUCCGCCAACUUUAAUUAACUUGAUAAACUUACACGGCCUCCGCCAACUUGAAUAAACACUGCUUUCGUCACACUUGACUAAACACGACUAACGCCAAACUCUCUCCGCUUGUGAAAACUAGUUAAAACUUAACUCGGACUAGCCUACUUAUAUAUACUUUCACAAUAAGAUUCUAGAACUUUCCUACAAUUUUUCGUAACACCUUCCUUCCUUCUUCCCUCCUCCCUCUUCUCCUUCUUCUUCCUUCCACCUUUCCUUCUUCCCUUCCUCCCUCCCUUUUUCUCCUAUUUUUGUGCAAUUGAGUGUUUGUGAAAAUUUCCACUCACCAGUUCCAUCUGAUGGCCCGAGUUUCGUAAGAGGAUACCCUCUCAACUCAACUGCAAUUCACAUAUCCUGGGAACGUAUCCCUUCAACCUCUCACAAUGGAAAGCUCCUGGGAUACCGCAUAAGAUACGGACGCAAUGGAUUCCAGUUAUAUACUGAAAAGAAUGUUACUAGUAACAGCACAGAAGUUGUGAUCAGCAGACUUGACUUCCAAACUUCGUAUGAAAUUAAAGUAAAUGGCUUUAACGAAGUUGGUCACGGACCACCUGGAAACCUCAUUACUGUACAAACCUUGCAAAAUGGUAAGUAAAUGCAAUCCCACUCAACGCUCUUCCAUUAAUUGUUCUGUAAUUAAUUUUAAUUAUUAGUUAUUGCAAUAUUCUUGAAGUAGAGGAAUGGGUGUAGCCCAAUUUAUAUAUACUGCCAUUGUACACUCUGUGAACUUGAAUGAUAUUAAGUUUUUAAAGUGAAUAACCUAAUUAUCAAGUAGUGUUUCUGGAGAGGUGCUUUUCAAUUUUUAGUGAUAAAGAACAUCGGAGAGUGACUCUGACAUCGCAUACAUGCUUUCAUUAGCUUCGCUCCUGACCAUAGGUGAAAGAUGUUGAAGUUCCAUUUUCAAGACUGAAUAAUUUUUCUGUCUUUUUAGGUAGCAUUGUGGUUGAUAUAAACUUUGAGCUAGUGAUCAACGCUGGUUUUCAUAGUGAUCUACUUAAUAGAAGUAGCGAAAAGUUCAUAGUGAUGGAAAAGAAUAUUAUCUCGAAGGUAAGCAAGGGUUAUUUGGCAGUUGAUUUGGGAUUUCGCCAUCGUUUAGCCUGGUUUUAGGCGCGCUUUUAUGAACACUUAACUGCCUUGCGCCCAUCCUUGUGUUUUGGUUUGAUAAAAGUAAUAAGGCUACUGUUGCGUUGCAGAUUAAUAUCCACUUCAAUGAAUCCUCCUUAUUCAAGAUUUACGAAGUCAGAGUUUUGAGCUUCAGGUAGUAUUUCUCUCAGUCUUACCAGUCAAUAUAUAUUUUGCUGGUUCUAAAGGUUCACCGCAGCCAAAAGCUUUUUGUGGCGUCAUUCAUGUGCUCUUCUUUUUUAGUUUAACUUCAUGUCAUCUUCGGACGAAGACGAAGAAAACUUCCUUAGCACUGUGUCAUAUAUUGGAAAUGUUUGGCUAGAAAUUUUAAUGGUGACAACUAUUGCCAAAGACUUGGAUUUUGAAAAGUGGCUCGGCUUGAGCGAAAAAUUGUUUUACGAACAGAAAUCUGUCACUGUCCUAUGCACAUACUAAUGGGUGUGUUUGGGUUAUGUUAUGUUCUCUGUGACCGAACUAGUCUUACCAAGACCAAAACGGGAUAAAUUAUGAACGUCAUCUGCUAGUUACGAUUAAUCGUUUUUUUUUUCCAAUUCUCUCUUCUGACUUACCAGUCGUGGAAGCAUAAACGCCCAGAUGUUGGCUUUAUCCGUAGUAAAUGAACAUACUUCAAAAGCUGAGGCUUUGACUCGUUUUAUAGAAGGAUUUGAUACCUCGUUUAAAGACACUUUGGGUGUGUCCGCUCUUAUUGUUGCAGGUAAGAUACUUCGUUGACUCUAAGGAGCUGUCCACACUUAAUGCUGGGAACCAGUGCCUGGGUACCGACAAAAAAUAGUGUUGUGUUCACACCUUCAGUACCCGAUAUGUGACUAUGUACGUAGCUCUGUCAGACGCCAUUUUGAAACAUGAGCUUAGCAGCGAGAACUAACCAGUGGACUGCCCGGAGCUCAUACAAAAACCGUGUGCACACUGGGACCCGGUGUCUACUUCUGCGCCCGAGUACUAGGUCGCGACCUGGUACUCGGGUACGCGCACGGUGCACGAAUUCUAGCGUGGGUACUUGAAAAAAGGGUGUGUUCACAUUAGUGCCCAGCGAGUAGCGUACUCGGGCAUCGUGCCCAGACACCGAGUGUGAACGUUGCCUAAGAAGACAAAGUCCCUGUUGUUGCUGAUUUAAGGUUCAGUUCUAAGAAAACAUAUUUUUGUAUGCGGUUAUCUGAUUUUCUAAAUUUCAUAUUUUUGUUUUACUUUUCAAUAAGAGAAACCACCACCGCCUGGAAAUUUAAAGGUAAUUAACGUACAGACACGUUACAUUGUAAUAACGUGGGAGAAACCAAAAUAUGGAAGUGAUUUCCACAUUCAAAACUACUCAGUCGAGCACAGAAAAGUAGGCUCCAAAAGCUUCACCAAGGUGGCAGCCUUGCCCUAUUCACAGACUGGAAUGGUUAUGGAGGACUUAGAACCAGCCACUGAAUACAUAAUCAGAUUGUCGAGCAUCAACAAAUAUGGGACAUCCGAUGGUGUACUCUUGACGCAAAACACACGAAAAGGUACUGGAAUUUUGCUCUUUUUGUGCUGUAGAUAUGUAUUUGCAUGAGAGCAUGUAAACAUGGUUGUGACGGCAAGAUGUUUUGCUUUUCGCGUGCUAAUCACGCAAGCACGAAUUUGAAAAAGUUUUUUGGUUGAAAACUCGACAAGUUUACUUUAUUUACCCAUUCCCUUGUCGGAUGAAACUUGGAAAAUCUUUACAAACAUGCUGUGUCAAUUUUUUUUUUCGCUUACGCUGACAUUUUAAGCAAAUCCGUAUUUUGGAAUGCGUCUUUUUUGCAAAACAAGAACUGAUUACGCUUGCAAAACUUCGCGACUGGUAAGAAUUUCUCUAUUAAUCAGUGCCAUCACAAAGAGUUUCGCGUUUUCUCUCGGGAAAGUUAAUUAAUUUUAUAAAAGCAAAAGAAAACUUUUUUCUCCCAACCCCUCUCGUGUUUAUAUCAGGCUAUGCAAACAUGCACGGAAAACGUUUUCUAUUGUUUAAAUGUAAAUAUUGUUAAUGAAACUAGCCUUAGUACAGCAGCCCCCUUGAGGGGACGGGACGAGUGUACACUGUAUAGGGCGAAACUUAAGGGGUUUUGAUGGUUGCCAGCUGGCUACUCCCUCGCACGCUCAUCAGAAAAGUAAAAAUUUAGUUUCAGAUUGUGCACAUGCGUAAAUGUGUGUGUAGAGUGUAAAUGUUUGCCAUCUUUUUAAACAAGCGUGGCCUCGAGGACCGCAAAUACGUCCAUUUUCUUUCUCCAAAGACCAUUUUCGUCACAUAGUGUACUAAAUGGGUAGUACACUUUCUUUAACUACUUCCACAGUGUCUCAUUCAUUUACCAGAAACAUUUCUUACAAUGCGACAAAAACCUUGAUUAAUUCAGGUUUCCAUAUUAUUGUGUCUAACUUGCAGAUGCAUUUAUUAAGAACUUGAUCCUCACAAUUGUGCUUCCUUUGAGUUUGGCUUUCUUAUUCAUCGUCACCGUGUGCCUGAUUUUUCGGCCAUGUUGCCAAACAAAAACGAGAGAAUAUGGAAAGGUAAGAAGGAUGAUGAUAAACAUUUAGUUGCCUUAAAUGCAAUCUGUUAUCUUCAAAGGUUAACCCUUAAAGCCCCAAUAUUCACAUAAACAUUUACAAGACUGAUCUUCAUACCGGAAUUGUGAGCCACGGAAUUUAUCAAAGCAUUUUCUCUUGGGUAAUCAGCGAGCAGGGAAGGGUGUAUUCGCGACAGUUUCAAUUUAUUCCUGUGAAUGUCUUAACCUUCCACUUUUGAACAAACAAGCAGUGUAAUGUAAGCGAAAAUUUCUGCUCUAGAUUGUGUUAGGGAAGCGCGGCAAUUGGAUUGAACUUCCCAGAUCAGCUGUCGAGUUCAAGGAGAAGUUAGGUGAAGGGGCAUUUGCAGAAGUUUUCAAGGGCGAGGUCACGAUCAGCGGGAAAUUUAGGAACUGUGCUAUAAAGAAACUUAAAGGUAAUCUCUGGUAAACUUUUUGUUGCUUUUUUUGUUACAAUUGGGGAAUAGACAGCGUAUUGUCACAUAACCCAUUUAUACUGCAUAAUAGAACAUAGUUUCCUUUUUUCACCACUGCCUCAAUUACUUACUUCAUGUCUAACUAAUAACUUAUAGGUCUGGCCCGAGUUGUUCAAACGUUGGAUAGCGCUAUCCAGCGGAUAAAUGUUGGAGAAACUAAUUGCGCUAUCCAGUGGAUAGAGAUUUAUCGAGCGGAUACCGUUAUCCACCUUUUGAACAAUUGGGGCCUGAUCUAACCGUACUUGGGAUAUUUGUAUCAUUGCUUAGUAAAUAUAACGCGAUAUUAUUUGGGCAUUAAAAACUUAAUAUUCUGACUCGUAACAGCAGCAAAAGUGUUUUUUUUAAUUUUUAGAGAAUGCUACAGAGAAAGAAAAACGUGACCUGAGGAAUGAGCUGGAGAUAAUGGCUACAGUUGGUGAACAUCCCAAUGUUAUAAAUCUUAUAGCAGCUUGUACAGAGACAGGUAUUUCUCAAUUUAAUUUUAAACCUGGACAUCGUUGUAAAUUCAUCAAGUUUUAUGAGCAUAUAGCCACGCUUAAUUUCGUCAUGGCCAAACAUGAACUUUAAACUUGCUUAUGGUGAUCUGUUCCUUAAUCAAGCUACAAGCAAACAGACGUAACAAUUCCAAUAGACCUUUUUACCGAUACGCUGGCCAUAUUGAGCACAUUUCGUUUGUAUUUUCGAGCGCUUUUCGGGACAUUUUUUCUUAGAAUAAGAUUGUAAUAAUGGAUUGUAGUAAUGGAUUGUAAUAAUGAUCGCCUUUUUCUAGUUUAGUAUUAGAAAUAUGGUCUUUCAGUGUAUAUUUCUCGAGGAAAAGGCGAUCAUUAUUACAUCGAAACACGGCACAAGGAUCUUUUUCCCCAUUACAAUCUUAUUCUAAGAAAACUUUAAGAAAAAAUGUCCCGAAAAGCGCUCGAAAAUACAAACGAAAUGUGCUCAUGCCCCCUGGGCAUCCGAUGAUACUCCUCAAAUCGAAUUAGUUCAACAUGGCCGCCGUAUCGGUAAAAAGGUCUAUUCCCAACAUUGUCGCCCAACAAUGUUGAGAGUUGUUGCGUCCAUUUGCACGUAGCUAAAAGUUUGACCGGCUUCAAACUGCACAACGACUCCAAACAACACUUAACAACAUGCACCAACAUUCAAUGGGAUUUGUUGGCCAAAAAUGUUGAAUGUUGUGUCCUUCUGCUCGGGGCUUUACGUACAAUUACUGCAUAGAAAGAAAAUCUGUGAGAAUGGGGCUAUAUCGACACGAAAUAUGAUGUGACUAAAAAUAUUAUAUCUUCAACUCUACUAUCUUUUUUUUUUAUAUAUUAUCCAUUUCUGUAUGCGUAGUUUAUCUGCACAUCAUUAAUGAGUCUUCUUUAGGCUUCCUUUUAGGUUUGAACGUUGGAUUAGGGGAGGGGUAGGUGGGGAGUUUAACAGAAUCAUAUACUGAUCCAAGUUGGAUUGUGAUGGUAUACCGUGUUUAAAAAUUAAGCUAUGUACUUUCUUUCAAACAGAACCGACAUUGGUUGUCGUACGCCUGGCGGAAAAUGGCUGCCUGUUAAAUUAUCUACAGAGAAGCAGAGAAAAUCUUUACGUGAAUGUAAACAAACCGAAAAUAAGCUUCACAUCAAGUGAAAGAACAAGGAUCGCAAGAGAUAUUGCAAAUGGAAUGCUGCAUCUGUCAAACAAAAAGGUAAGAGGCUCUACGAGCAAGAAAUAAUAAAGGCCACAGUUAGGGUCGAUUUUGUUUUGGUGGCAUUGAUGAUAAGGACUCUUCGACCUUAAGUGCUGUGUAGAUUGGAUUUCAAUAUCGGUCAGGUGCUUAAAAUUUAUUUAUUUAUUUAUUCCUACUGAGUUCAGCUGCAGCCAUUACUUGAAAUCAUGCUCUGCUCUGAUUGGCUAAGAGUCUUUGCCGCGAAAGUUUAUCUAUAGACCGUUUUCACAUGAUGUCACGUGGGCCACGUCCUAAAACAAUAAAACGGUGGUCAUGUUGGUUUUUCAAUUCCCACCCCGGUGGAAAUUGAACCUUUUUCUUUUGUAUAUUUUUUUAAUUUCAAUAAAUCUUUAUAACUGCCUGGGCAAGCGAAUGAAAACGUUUAAUACUGACCCGGACUUUCGAAGGCGUUCUGAGCUAAGAUCUCUCGUAAGCAUAGUGUCUGAACAAUAUCCCACCGUCACGCUGCAAUACUAUAUGCAGUCAACAACUCCCUACAUGCCGAUACCCAAUAAUACGGACAGCAGCUAAAUCCCAGGCAAAAAUAUAUUACAGACGUUUGACUGAAAUAAAGUCCCACUAUUACCGACUCUCGAUGACGAGGACACUGACUCGAGGUCACUCCCUACAGUGUCCGCUACAGGGAUACAUCUUAGAUCAAGAUUAGUCUCGUAAAUAAGGAUCAGUUAUUUAGUACAUGAGAAAUAGAUGCAAUGACUUCAAGCGGCUUCUGGAAUGGCUUAUUUUUUGUCUUUGCAGUGCGUUCAUCGUGACCUUGCAGCUCGAAAUGUCCUUUUCGACGAAAAUUUCGUGGCCAUGAUAUCUGACUUUGGUUUGUCACGUGAUGUAUACGAAAGUGGUGAAUACGAAACGUUGUCUGGGGUACGUAAUUAAAACAUAUUUGCGCAUUAGGUUACAAAGAUGUAUCACUAUUGGUUAUGGUAAUAACUGAGUCAUUUUGAUUCCCGCGCCCUGUUUCUGUGAGUAUAGAGCAUGGACACGCGUACGAUGAAAUGUUGUCGCAAUUGUCGGUAAUAUGGCGCGCCAUUUUCCAAGGAAACUCACUGGAAAUGGAAGCAUAACAUUUUCAUUGCAGCAAGUGGUGUCUCUGCAAAGAUUUGACUGAUAUUGGGAGUCAUUUCUAUGGUCUAUAUCAGCACAGAAAAAAUUAAAUUGUUGUCUUUUUAAGUACUCUUCUCUGUGUUAAUUUAUCCACAUAAUCUCUAGUCACUGUCAACUCAGUGCCAUCUAUUUCAAAACAAACUGUUUUUUUUUUGUCUGCCACUUCUUCAACCACUAUCUGGGUGUUAACCGUCAAGACAUUUUGUCAGGUGCUAAAUUGUCGAAAGUGCAUUCAUGCAACACAAUCGAGCACUGUUGGCUUCAAUUAUUGUCUACUUUACAUCUCACGGGGCUAAGCGGACUCCCUGUUUAUAGCGGCUAAUUAUUUGAUCAAACAAGGUCACACAUUCACCUUGAUUCCUUCUUCUUGUUAUUAUUUCAGGGCAUGUUGCCAGUACGUUGGAUGGCUCUUGAAUCCUUAGAACAUUACACCUACAACACAAAGACAGACGUGUAAGUUCAACAAACUUAAACUUUCAACAUGGAAAAACCCUCACUUUAAAUUAGCGAAAGUAACUUUAAUGAAGAUGAGUGACAAAAAGGCUUUCUAUUUUAGGUGGUCAUUUGGCAUAGUAUUAUGGGAAAUUGAAUCUCGAGGUAAGUUCUUUAAUCACAGGAUUUUCUCGGGACACGAAUAUGCACAACCAUCCUUGAGAGAAAUGGGGAAUCACUCGUCUGAUAUAGUUUCUUUUCGUACCUUUUAAUUUAGGUUUAAUGCCGUAUUCAGGAUUGGGAGGAAUGGAAGUUGUAGACUUUCUCAAGUCAGGACAGAGACUGAAACAACCUGAUGGCUGCCCGGAUAAGAUGUAUUAUUUUGAGUAAUUCAUUUCGUUUCAUGAAAGAUUUGAGUCACUUUUUGACUCGAAAGAGUCACUAAGCACAUGUUUUUUGCUUCAACAGCUUUGAGAUAAUGACCUCGUGUUGGCAUCCAGAGCCCUCAACACGCCCUUCAUUUAGCGAAAUAGUGACUUCGCUUGAAGAGGAAUUGACGGUAUCUUGAAUUUUUUUGCGUUAGGUGUGGGGAUGGGCAGUUUCCUUAGCUAGAUUCUCAGUUUAUAUUUGAGGAUUCCAGGGAUGAGGAUCUAGAUAAAAAAGUUUGAAUUGUGACAAAGUUUGGAGUAUGAUAAACGGCAGGGAACAUAGCGAAGUAAUUUUAAAAGCUUUCCAACACUAAAGCAGCUUGUUAUAGUAUGUUGUUGAGUUAGAAUUCUUGUUUAAUAAAAAAAGUAGUGGUGAAACAAAUGAUAGUAACGCCAGGUAGUUUUACAGUUUGUAAAUUAAGCUAUAAUUGAAAGUAACACGCCACGGCAAACCGCAAACGUGAAUUUGUACCUCGUGACCAAGGUUUCCUUUUUCUUGUUGUUAGCUGUUCAUUAUAUCUACACAAGUAUUAGUUCCACACCGGUUUUAUCCAUAAGAAUUGUUUUGGACUGUUUUUAUUUAGUACUUAUUUUCAAAUUGAAGAAUUUCUGAACUUGAAUCUGACGUUUGCCGUUGUAACAUUGAUUUUUACCAGGGUCUUCAGGAUCAGCACACUGAAAAUGAGCUUCCAUGAAUCAGACUGUAAUUAGAACGUGACGACCUAAUCCACUGACAAGAAUGGCCGCAGACGUUCCUUCUAUGUACCACCAAUCUGUAAAUGGACGGUUGUCGCGCACGACAAAACGUUCCCCCGCUCCUUUUUAAGAACCGUGGUACCGCACGGUGCAGGCCGAUGAAUGAAUCAUACACGUACCACAGUGAUGUAGACGAUUGCUA